AUGGCGUUUUUGAAUGUGGUAGAUGAUGGUAGAGAUAUGGAUCAUGACCCAGGGGGAGGAAGACCGACGGAUAGGGGCAGGCAACUUCGCCUUACUGAUUUCUGGAAACCUAAAUUAAAGGAUGCAUCGGAAGCGGUUAGAGAAGAAUCUGAGUUUCAAGCCAAAGAAGAUCUGAGUACUAAGGUGGAUGACAGCAGAAAUCAGAAAGAUAGAGGGGAUGGUGUGAAGAAAACUUUUUCUACUGUUGUGGGUAAGGCUUUACCGGACGUGGAGCAGUUGCUGGAUCCAAUACAUGCUGGGGCGCACACUAAGAUUAUCAUCCCGCAGGAGGCAUAUGAGGAGAGGCUGGAAAAAUUCAAGUUUGCUUUGAUAGGUAGGGCAAACUUCAAAUUUAUGUCUAUGAAUGAUAUUCGUAAAGCUGCAGGAGAGGGGUGGAAUUUGAAGGGGAGAAUUUCUUUGUCUCCUAUGGGGAAAGGCUUCAUUUUAUUUCAGUUUGAGUUGGAAGGAGAUAUGUCUGCAAUUUGGAGAAGGAACCUAAUCAAGGUUAGAGGACAAUUGAUUCGAUUCCAACGCUGGAAACCAGAUUUUGAUGUGCAUGCGGUGAACAACCCAACCAAACUGGUGUGGAUCAGAUUUCCAGGCCUUCCCCUGGAAUAUUGGCAUGAGAAGAUCUUGUUGACAAUGGCUAAAGGGGCAGGUAGACCUGUGGCCCUGGACAGACGCACCAGAUCGGCGGCAAUGGGGAAUUUUGCGCGUGUUCAGGUAGAAGUGAUAAUUGGGGAGAAAAGGGUGGAAGAGAUUCAGGUGGAAAGAAAGCAACCAGGAACGGGGGAGAUUUUUUGGUUUAAACAGUUAAUCGUAUAUGAAGAUGGGUUAGCUAAAUGUGGUUUUUGCAAAAAAAUCGGGCAUACUUUGUUUCAAUGCAAAGAGAAGAAGAAGGUGGAUGCUCGAGACACUGGGGCGGCAACCAUGGUGAAUGAAGGUGGUGUAGGGCGGAGAUCCAGCUCAGAGGGCGGUGGUUUGGGUGAAGGUUUUGUUUCCAAUUUGGGUAGAAAUCUUACCCAUAUGAGACAGCCUCCUACCAUAUUAAGAACUCAGAUUAGGGACAAUAGUCCAACAUCUAAGGAAGGUGUGCAGGGGCAGGGAGAUAUUGAAAUAAUUAUUCCCUUAGAGAAGUCUACCAAUUUGGGAACAAAUCACAAUCGUAUGGGUGCAGUUAACAGUAUGGAGGGUAAUGGAUUGGUGUCUACAUUUAAUGAGGAAUCUGGGUCGGUGGAUGGAGAGGAUAUGGAUCAUAUAUCUGAACCAGGAGAGGAGGCAGAGAUUGAUCACCGUAGGUGCAACUCUCCCAUUUUAGAGGAGGAUGAGGCUAUCUAUGGCAAAUAUGGGUCGGACCAUAUCAAUACGGUAUCCGACGGGGAAUCUAACUCUGUGGAAAGCGAGCAGCGAAAGGAUGAUGCUAAUCCAAGGGUUGGAAACAAUUUGGAGGAAUCUUUUGCAGCUUGGAACUUAAGGCCUCGACGUAAUAUUAAUUACAAUAGAGGUCAUGCUGGUCGAGGAUCAACUAAAGGUGGUAGAGGCGGUAGAGGUGAGGAAGGGGUGGUGGCUGAGCAUAUUGUAAAGGGACUUCCUCCCACCCAGCUGGAGGGAGGACGUGCUUUUGUUCACCAUCCAGAGGUUGCUGCUAUUGAUAAUGCUUUACGCGCAGAGGAGGCGGCAGCAAGGAAAGGCAAAGUUUUAGAAAAGGAGCAGACAUCCAAGUCGGCUCAUCAGACCUAUACCAAAAAGUGA